AUGGAUGCGCGCCACGCAGCGCCGCGCCUGCUGCUGGCCCUGCUCGCCGCACUGACUGCGGGAGCGGUGCUGGCGGCGGCGGCGGCGCCUGCACCCACACAGCACGCAUCAACCAGGCGCUCCCUCAUCGUCGGCGGCGUGACUGCCAGAGCCAACAGGUUCCCCUACGUUGUGUCGAUACGCCGCAACGCGCGCGGAGAAGCUCACUUCUGUGGCGGCACGCUCAUCACCCCCACCGUCGUCCUCACGGCAGCGCACUGCUUCCACAGCAAGAGCGGCGCCCUGCUGGACUCGACCUGGACCCGCCCCAAGCUGCGCAUCGGGGCGUACGAUACCGCGGGGGGGCGGUACGAGGCGCGGGAUGCCGUGGCCCUGCUGGUACCGGACGUGUUCAACUGGCGCACCAACAACUUCGACGUCGCCCUGCUGCUGCUCAAGGAGCCUUCCGCGCAGCCCACCGUGCGCCUGGCGCGAGGCAAGCGCAAGAUGGACCGGCAGCGCGCGGGCGCCCCGCUGUACGCGGUCGGCUGGGGAAAGCUGGCCUACAACGGCGCGCUGCCCAAGCGCCUGCAGGAGGUCGCCCUGGAUUACAUCUCUCUCAAGCAGUGCGCCAAGUUUGCCCCCAAGUUCGACUGGGCCACCAACAGCAUGAUCUGCGCAGGCGGAAACUCCUGCUCCGGCGACUCUGGCGGCCCGCUCCUGCAGAAGGGGCGGGCCUCCAGCCGGGACGUGCAGGUCGGCAUCGUGUCAUGGGGCUGGAGCUGCGGCAACCGCAAGCCAGGCGUGUACUCAGAUGUGGCCUCUGUGCGGGGUUUCAUCGACUAUGGCAUCAGGAAGCUGAUCAAGCCUGCCACCCCCGUCAAGAAGCCGCUGGCCCAGCCAGGCAGGCGGCCGGUGCCCCAGCGUGGGCUGAAAGCCGUGGAGCAGUGGGCUGGAGCGGCGGCAGAGGCGGCGGCGGCGGAGGCGGCAGGAGGCCGGCCCGAGCUGGAGUCGUUUUGGAGGCGUGUUCCCUGA